UUCAGUUGUCAUUUGUAUUGUUUAGGAUGUGAUUAGCUAUGUGGAGAAAGUAUUUUGUGCUAAUAGCAUGACCAACCAAGUAGAUAAUGGAAGCUCAUUGCAUCAACCUACUAUGGUGUCAAAAUCUGCUUCAUUUUCUGCUACAAUUCCUGGUGCCUCAAAUUCUGAUUCAGCUUCUUCUGCAAAUGUUUUGGAAAGUUCGUUAUCUAGAACUUUAUCAGAAGAGGCACUUGAGGAUGAAUCAUUGCAGUUACUAUCAUCCCUGGAUAUUGGUGGAGAGAAUCUGCCAAGACCAUCUAGUCUCCAAUCUUCAAAUGAUGUUUCAAGGACUCAAACUGACGAUUCUAUCUCAACGGUUGAUCUCAGGCUUAAGUUGCAUCUUUACAAAGUCAGUUUUCUGCUCCUUACCAGAAAUAUCAAGGCAGCUAAGCGUGAAGUUAAGAUGGCUAUGAAUAUAGCGCGCGGCAAAGAUUAUACAUGGGCACUUUAUCUGAAGUCGCAGCUUGAGUAUGCUCGGGGAAAUCACCGUAAAGCGUGCAAGCUUUUGAUGGCAUCAAGUAAUCUAACAGAAAUCGGAAUUUCUAGCAUGUAUUACAACAACUUUGGCUGCAUCUUUUAUCGUCUUGGGAAAUAUCACGCAUCAAGUGUAUUCUUUUCCAAAGCAUUGCGUUACAGGUCAACUUUGUUGAAGGAGAAACCUGUAAAGCUAGCAACUUUCUCACAGGUUAAGUCUUGGCAGAUGGCAUAUAACUCUGGUCUGUCGCUCUUGUCUUGUGGGAAACCAAUACAUGCUGCUCAAUGUUUUUACAAGGCUGGUCUAACUUACUACAACAGGCCUCUCCUGUGGCUGAGAAUUGCGGAGUGCUGCCUUAUGGCACUGGAGAAGGGGCUUUUGAAGUCCAAUUACUCUAGUCCAUCUGAUGGCUCUGAUGUUAAAGUUCAUGUUGUUGGUAAGGGAAAAUGGAGGCAACUUGCACUGGAAGAUGGGGUUUCAAGAACUGGGAAGUUUGAUUCUGUUGGGAGAGAUGAUUUUUCUUUCGGCAACGGUAGACUGCCCGAGUUGUCAAUGUCCCUUGCUCGGCAAUGUCUUUUAAAUGCAUUGCACUUGCUUGAAAGCUCUGAUUCAAAAUAUUUGAAGUCUGGUUUGCUUUCUGAUUCUGCUGCUGAAGGAAGUGAAUCAGGAGACUCGUCGUCUUCCAAGGCCACAAACUACAAGAAUCUAGCAGGUGGUGAUCCAAAAUUAUUGAAUGCAGCAGUAGGCUCAGGGCAGGCCAACACAAAUGGGGAGGUAAAAGAGCAAAAGGGUGGAAAUGGUCAAAACACUUCUCUGCUAAACUCUGUGAGUGAUUAUGAAGAUAUUUGUAGGAAAGAGAACCAAAUGAUCGAACAAGCUCUUCUAGCUGAUAUGGCAUACGUAGAGUUAGAACUAGAAAACCCACUAAAGGCUUUGUCAACAGCAAAGUCUCUUUUGAAACUUUUCGAGUGUUCCAAAAUAUACGUCUUUCUGGGUCACUUGUAUGAAGCUGAAGCUCUAUGCCUGCUGAACCGGCCAAAGGAAGCUGCUGAGCAUUUGUCCGUCUAUGUGACUGGUGGAAGCAAUGUUCAACUGCCAUACAGCCAAGAUGAUUUGGAAAAGUGGAGUGUGAAAAAGAUAGUGGAUUUUGAGGAACCGAAUGGUGGGCCUUCAUCUGUUAAUGCAUCGUCUUCUGAUGAAUUUCAAGGUUUUACGUUCCUCAAGCCUGAAGAAGCUCGUGGAACUAUUUGUGCUAAUUUAGCUCUCCUGGCCGCAGAACUGGGGGAUCCUGGGCUGGUCCAAGAUGUUAUGCAAGCGACAGCUUCGGCACUAAACAGUCCCCACGUUAUUCUUGCUACUGUUUACUUGGAUCUUCUGCAGGGGAAGACACAAGAUGCUCUUGCCAAGUUGAAACAGUGUAAUCGUAUUAGAUUCCUUCCUGGUAGAUCGACGCUGGAUGGCUCUAGUUGAUGGUCCGGGUUGUAUUGAUGGUUCUUGUCAGUUUUAUUCAACCUAUUUCUUAAUUCGAAUCAGCAGGUAGGUUAGCAAUCCUUUGAAGGGAGGAUUUGUAACAUAUAUAUAGUUCAAAUCAGGAAAUAAGUUUUUAACUUUCGAUUUUUUUGUUUCUCAAAAAUUUUCCUUGGUAGGCUGUAGUAAUAGGUGGUGUAGCUGAGAUUAUUUGAUUGUCUCAGAUGCCCACCUAAAAGAUUUGAGAUGUAGUUUUGAUUCAGGUGAUUGUGUUUUAGAGCCUAACGUAGUUCAGCUUUGAAUUUGUAGAGAAUGUGUCAUUGAGAGAUGAAUCAAAGAAAUUUUCAGUUUA